AGGGCUGUAGCUAGAUUCUAGAAACACUGGUCAUGAGUCAGUGCCCACCUUAAUUUAUAAUAAUUUAUAUAUUGUUUUUAAAAAAUUUAUUUGCAUUAUUUUUUUUCUGUACAUUUUAUUUCUCAAGCAUGAAGGUUGUGUAUAGGGCUGCAAUUAACACUUGUUUUCUGAUCAAUUAAUCUACUGAUUAUUUUCUUUAUUAAUCGACUGCUCUAUACAAAAUGUCAGAAAAUAGUGUAGAAAGGACAAUCAUAAUUCCCCAGAGCCCAAUGUGAUGUCCUCAAAAUGCUAGUUUUGUCUGACCACCAGUGCAAAACCUAAAGAUGUCCAUUUACUAUUAUGAAAGGCUAAGAAACCUAACAAAUGCUCACACUGAGGAGGCUGAAAGAACUAUGUUUUUUUUUUCUGUUCAUCCAUCAGUCACCUUAUCGUUUCAACCCUACAUGCUUCUAAGCUUUACAUUACCUGAAAUAAUAUUCUGAGCCAGUCAAACUUUAACUAUAUUUAGUCUAAAAUACUUGAAUCAGUAAAAUACCAAAUAUAUUUCCCCAGACAUAUAUAGCAUGCUUCUAAGCCUUGCAUUGUCUGAAAUAAUAUUCUGAUGGGCAAUUAACCUGCUGACUAUGGUCUUCAAACAGUCACAUUUUUAAUUAUAUUUAGUCUAAAAAAAGACCAGUAAAACACCAAAUAUAUUUCCCCAGCUACAUUCUUGAGGACACUUUCACCUUCACAUCUAAACCCAUACAUGUGUAAAAUGACUAUAAUCUCGUGUAACCUGCAUGGAUCAUAUGGGCUGGUUAUCUGUCUGGUACUCAGCUGUUCUGACGUCGAGCACGCUAUUUGACGUCACCGUGGGAGUGUUCCACCAUCGGGAGAAAUGAACGGUCAUCAACACAAUCCUCUCAGCGCCCAUCAUGUGAUUUUUCUAAAUGUCCAUGGAAACAGCUGACUAAAGUUUGACAGCUAUCCCACCAGUUUUCCAUUUGUAAGAAUCACCCGGAGGAAACGGCCCUGAAAAUCGCUUGGAAUACGCCUUUUCCUCUGUUAAUAGAUCCACUCAUCAUCUGCCGAUGGUCACAUCUGAAGCCGAUCCUGAGUUGUGAGUCAGUAGAGGAGAAGCUGGGCUGAUGACAAGCAUGACAUUGAGCCAAGCCACAGAUGCAUGUCCACUCAAAAGGCCCAACUGAGCGCCGUCCCCUCUGCUUCCCGGCUUUCAACCAGUCGCUCAGAGGGGGGGUGUCGACGGGGCGUAGCUAGUCCCCUGCACCCCCAGGUAGAACCUCACUGUGAAACUGGAGGUCUCUGAUGGAUCAGGGUAGUAGCGAGCAGAGUCCAGAGGAGCCGGACACAGGAGGCCGAGCGGAGCCGGAGGUCGGCAGGAGGGCGUCGGAGUCUGAGCAUGGCUUGUCCAAAAUCACCCAUAAUGCCCUGGAGAACAUGGGAGCGUUGGGCCAUGGCCUGAAGCAGUUCUUCCAGCCACAGCGCCGACGCUCCUCCGUUUCCCCACAUGACUCCGUCUCGUCCUGCACAGGUGCCCCUCCCUCCGAACCCACUGAUGUAGGGUCAGAAGUAGGGGACGCUCCCGCCUCCUCGGCCCUCCCUUUGGAUUCUGACAACCCUGCCGCUUCCGCCCCUCCCGCAGCUCUGAGCCGUGUUCUGCAGCAGAUCCGGGGUGCUCCACCAAUGAUGAAGCGAGGCACCAGCCUGCAGAGCCGCCGCAGCAAGGUGGGGGGCACUGGGGAUCCUCCCCAGAAAGGUAGCCCACAGAUCCACCGGCGCAGCACCCAUGAAGCCCUGCUGCAGGCUGGCCGCCCACGCUCCUCCUCGACCACAGAUACACCCAGCAGCCCAGCUCUUGCUGACAUGCUGCUGACGUCUGGCUACCACUCAACUGAGGAGCCUGACAAGCUAGAUCGUUAUGAUGGAUCAGGCCCCGCUGUGUCACCCAACGCCCUCCCCUACGGCGCAGAUGGCUAUGAUGUAGUUGACAGCACCCCAGACCCCCAGCGAACGAAGCAGGCCAUAGCCCAGCUACAACAGAAGAUCCUCAAACUCACAGAACAAAUAAAAAUUGAACAAACCGCACGUGACGACAACGUGGCAGAAUACCUGAAACUCGCCAAUAACGCAGACAAACAGCAGAGUGCACGCAUCAAACAGGUGUUCGAGAAGAAGAACCAAAAGUCGGCUCAGACUAUCCAGCAACUGCAGAGGAAGCUGGAGCAUUAUCACCGGAAGCUUCGAGAGGUGGAGCACAACGGCAUUCCCCGCCAGCCCAAAGAUGUUUUCCGAGACAUGCACCAGGGGCUGAAAGAUGUCGGAGCCAAGGUGACAGGGGGCCUCUCCAGUUUCUCUCAAGCCACUCAUUCUGCUGCUGGAGCUGUGGUGUCUAAGCCGAGAGAGAUCGCCUCCCUCAUCCGCAACAAGUUCGGCAGUGCUGAUAACAUUGCAGCCCUGAAAGACUCCUUGGAUGAAACCCAGGGAGAUGAAGGUGUCGGUCCUGGGGCGACGAGGGCCCUCGGGACGGGACAAUUGCAGUCCAGCCCAAAGUAUGGCAGCGAUGAUGACUGUUCUAGUGCUACUUCCGGCUCUGCGGGAGCCAACAGCACGACUGGAGCCCCUGGAGGCCCCCCUAGCUCCAAGGGCAACACCCUUGAUCAUGUCCAGGCCUCGGGCUUUGACGCGAUACUCCAUGAGAUCCAAGAGCUCCGGGAAAACCAAGGUCGACUGGAGGAGUCCUUUGAGAACUUAAAGGCCCACUAUCAGCGGGAUUACACGUUGAUCAUGGAAGCCCUGCAAGAGGAACGAUACAGGUGUGAACGUUUAGAAGAACAGCUCAAUGACUUGACAGAACUGCACCAGAAUGAAAUUCUGAACUUGAAACAGGAACUAGCCAGCAUGGAGGAGAAGAUAGCUUACCAGUCUUACGAAAGAGCGAGGGACAUUCAGGAGGCACUGGAGGCAUGUCAGACACGUAUCUCCAAGAUGGAGCUGCAGCAGCAGCAACAGCAGGUGGUGCAGCUUGAGGGUUUGGAGAACGCCACAGCACGGACUCUACUUGGAAAAUUAAUCAAUGUACUGCUAGCUGUUAUGGCAGUCCUUUUGGUGUUUGUGUCCACAGUGGCUAACUGUGUCGUCCCCUUAAUGAAAACACGCAGCCGCACGCUUUCUACGCUGCUCCUCGUAAUCCUCCUCGCUAUCCUCUGGAGGCACUGGGAUGCCAUGUCGGAGUAUCUGCAUCGCUUUCUCCUGCACCCGAGAUGACCAGCCUGGGGAGUCUUAUUUAAAUGAUGAAGGGACAGAGGGUUUGGGGCUGAUGUGUAAAGGGAGGACACUGACCCAUACAGGGAGUUGAAUCUCAAUAGUCCUUUUUCUUCCUCUUCAGCAGCUUCUCAAAACACUCAGGAGGGUUGCAUCAGAGGUUUGUCACUUUAUCACUUUCUGAAAUGUGUUUUGAGAUGCAUCAAAUGGAGAAUAAGUGGAGGAAAGGCCUGACCUGCUAUCAUUGGUGCAAUUGUGGCACAAGCACAUCAUGUAAGGGUGAACGGGGCGUAUUUGAAGGAGGGGCUGAGAGAACUGCACACUUGAUUUCUCUCUUCUGAGUGAAUUUGUUUACAUGUGGAGAACUUUGCAUUAUUUCCCCACAGAAGAAAUUGUAAUUCAGAGUUUUGUUACUUUUGAGCUGAUUCAAGUGGUAUUGUUUUGACGUCACUGCUAUUUUUAAUACAGCUGAUUGAUGGCUUUUUAUUUAAUUUUAACUGUAAUGAGCUGACAGUGUUCUGCUGAUUUAGCUGCUCACGGCCUCUUUUUGUAAGCUCUCUCUCUUCUGCUCUCGCCACUCUGGUUUUUUCAGUCCGCUGUUUUUCAAUCUUUUAAACUUUCAGCUUGUGUGACCAACUCUUCCUCUUCCUCCUCACUACACUCUGAAGAACGGGGUGCUUGCACAUCAGCUACAUUGCUCUGGAAUCAGACUUGUCACUGGAUCAAAUGGUAGUGGGUUCUUGACUCGUUUCUUAUGGACGUGUGAAGUCGGUAACACUGGUUCUGCCACAACCAGGAUAUUACUAGGAACAUUGAAGUUUGGAGUUGCGACCCUGCCCUCUGGGCCAACUGGAUCCUACUAUCCUGGUGGCUUUUCCACUGCAGAAGAAUAAUCUAUGAACUGAAUUAACAUACUUGAAGAGCGGUUAAAGUGCUCACAGACUCAGUGCUUCCGUACUGUUUCUAUUAGUGACAAUGAAAUAGUAAUACUUUUUAGUUGAUUUUUUAUUUUUUAAAGACAAAUAAAUUUGCUGUUUUAAAAGGUGAAACUGAAAGUCUAACUU